UUGAACAUGUCCAGCAACAAGGUAAAGGGCAUUCUUAAAGGCCUUAGAUACAUAUCUCAGAUGUUUGAAAAUGAAAAAGAACAAGAUAUUCAAAUUGGAUAUCCCACGGAUGUAAAGCAUGUGGCCCAUAUAGGAUGGGAUGGUCCAUCUGUAAAUUCUCCUAGCUGGAUGAACGAAUUUACAACUUCCCAGGGAUUUGCAUCAGCACCUCUAAAUCUUACCGAAGAUGCUCAAAAUAAAGCACAGGAAAAUUCAGUCCAAUGGGUCUCCGAAGAUUCAAGGAGAAGAAGUUCAAGGCAUGUGAAUUCACAAGGUCAAGGGAGGGCUUUGCCCGAGCUGCCCAAGGCAUCUAGAAGGCAGUCAACGGGCAGCAUGACAGAUUCUCCCACAAGUGAAAAGUCAGACAAGCCAAGAAGGAAGUCAUCCAACAAACAUUCACAACCCAAAGAUUCCUCAGAUGGAUCCAAUCCGACCCGACAACUCAUUUCAUCGGAUUCGCUGGACGGGUCACCGGCCCGGAUCCCACCGGAAAUUCCAAAAAACACUCGCCGGAAGAAGUCAAAAGAUACUUCUAGUGGUGGCGGGUCAUCCAAAUUGAGAUCCAAAGCCCAGCUCAUGGAUCCCGCAUCUCCAUCCGGAUCCGAAUCCAAGUCUAGAACAAACAAAGGUCAUUUGAAGAAAAUGAACAGGGUGGUGGUGAGAGAGUGGUGA